GGAUGUCAAAGAUUGCAGCAUGGGAUGGCGGGAGAGCGCGCACACUCAAUGUUGUGACUGAGGUUAAGCGAGCCGAGCAACGGGGAGUUUAUUAGACGUCUUAAUAAAAGAGCAGGGGAAUAUCGUACACGUACAUAAUACAGUGUUUCAGCCAUGUUUUCAGACAUUUCUUCUCUUAGAGGUUUGACCUUAUUAUCCAUGCCAGCAACAGAGGGACCUGUUUUCACCAGGGAAAUUUCCUCCUCCUUUGUUAACCAGUCAGAUCGUUACAAGUCAAGUGACCGAACGUUUAACCGCCAGUAUGCCCAUAUCUACGCAACACGACUUAUUCAGAUGCGUCCAAUUCUGACAGAGCGGGCCCAGCAGAAGUGGGGUCAUUCUGUGCCAGUGCGGAGACUUUGUGACAUCCAAAUGGGUGAGCAGUGUUGUAUAGUAGGAACCAUUUUCAAGCACAUGGAACUUCAGCCAUCAAUCCUUCGAGAGAUCAGUGAGGAGCAUAACCUGUUGCCCCAGCCGCCAAGAGCAAAAUAUAUCGACCAGUCAGAUGAAUUAAUUUUAGAAGAUGAACUACAGAGAAUAAAACUGGAGGGAGCCAUUGAUGUCCAGAAGUUUUUCACAGGAAGUGUCAUUGUAGUAUUUGGAUCAGAAAAGAAUGAUGGAAAGUUCAUGGUUGAAGAUUACUGCACAGCAGACCUUCCACCACAACGGAUCCGGCCUGAUUUAUGUAAAGACAGUUUUGUUCUUAUGGUCUCAGGACUUGGUUUAGGGGGUGGUGAUGCAGACUCCCUAAUGGGUCUUCAGCUACUGGUGGAUAUGGUGACUGGGCAGUUGGGGGAUGAAGGUGAGCAGAAUGGAGCAGCAAAAAUCUCACACGUUGUGCUGGCGGGCAAUCUUUUGAGCCAUAACACUCAGGGAAAAGAGUCUCUUGGCAAGGCUAAGUAUCUGACCAAGAAGACACAAGCUGGAAGUGUUGAGGCAGUCCGAAUGCUAGAUGAAAUUUUAGUGCAAUUAGCUGCUUCUGUUCCAGUUAGCGUUAUGCCAGGUCAGUUUGAUCCAACAAAUUACACCCUGCCCCAACAGCCUCUUCAUCGAUGCAUGUUUCCAUUGUCCUCUGUCUACCCCACACUACACCUGGUCAGCAAUCCGUUUCAGGCAGACUUUGAUGGACUUCGGUUACUUGGUACAUCUGGGCAGAACGUGAGUGACAUCUACAAAUACAGCAAUAUGAAGGAUUACCUAGACAUACUUGAAAGCACUUUAAGAUUAAGCCAUUUGGCUCCCACUGCUCCCGAUACACUCGGUUGCUACCCUUUUUAUAAUAAGGAUCCGUUUAUUUUAGAAGAAUGUCCAUACAUCUACUUCUGUGGCAAUGCACCAACGUUUCAGUCCAAACUAAUAACAGGUGCUGAUGGUCAGGAAGUUUUGCUAGUUGCUGUACCAGAAUUCUGCAAGACCCAGACUGCCUGUCUCAUUAACCUUCGUACCCUGGAAUGUGAGCCAAUAAGCUUCUCUGCAUUUUCGACCGAGGAUGAGGAAGGGGAAAUGGACAUCAGUCACUGAUUUACUAGAAGGACAGCAAACCACAUCACACAUGAAAGAUCAAUUCUACGUGAGCAGUUUGGAGUCACAUUUGGAAUUUGGUGCUGAUUUUGCUUGUUAAUUGGAAAGUUCUUGUGAACAGAGGUGGACAACUGUUUUAGGGCAAAACACACAAUGCAGGAGGUUAAAAGGAAAAAUGGAGUAACAGGUACAGAAUAUUCUUCUGUCGGCUUCACCAGAAUAGCAGGUUGUAGUCUGGAAAUGUGUCUGAUUUAUCAGCCCCCCAAAACACUGUUAAAGACACUGAACUUUUAGGGUCUUUUCAAAUAUCUUUAUCUUAUUGACCAGUUAGAGAAAAUCUGCAUUGUCUGUCUGUGAUGGUGAGUGGCACUUCUGUAUAGCAGCAGGUUGUUGUUGUUUCUUACCCCAUACAGCUGAAUAACUCGCUGCUCAGAUAUUCUGUAUGCAGUACAUUUUUUGUUAUUCUGCUUUAAUCUGUGUAGCCUGGUUUGGCCUUUUUGGUGGUCUUCCUUUGAGUGACGCUUUCCAUUGUCUUGACAAUCAAACUCCAAGUUUCAAAUGCACACACAUCGUAACUGCUGUUGUUAAUAUUCAGGAUGGUGUCUGUGGACACGUUCGGCACAAUGCACUAGUUACAGUUUACCUGCCCUGUCACUUAACCAAAAGAUUUUUAGAUUUUAAUUUCCAUGUGAAAGGUCAAAAGAGUAAAUAAGUUUCAUUCAAAUGCACCCAAUUAGUUAUUCUCCUCAGUUUCUCCUUUCCUAACUGAAUAAGACCAUUAAAGAAAUGGGUAAGUGUUCCUUAAAAGCGGUGUUGUCAUCUUACAGAGCACAUCCUGGCAUUUUGCUUUGUUUUCUUCCAUCACAUCAUUGGGGGCCUUCCUUCAUUUUUAUUAUCUUUCCAUUUAUAAAUUCUCCCAUUGUUGUUAAUAGAUGUUGUUUAGUUUUUUUUUUCUUUGAUGUGCCAUCUUGUGUAUCGUCAUUUAUGGAUUAAAAGCAAAUGUAAUAGGCCAGUAAUUAAGUCAAACAGAUCCUAUAUUUUUAUAUCUGAUUUUUAUGCAGGCUUUCAGAAAUAUGGAGUUGUUUGUGAGAUGCAUUGAAAUAUAAGAUUAUAUUCUGGAGUUGAAUCUGUCAAUGGUUUAGAGUUAAAAUGUAUCGUUUUUUCUACAGUGAGGCUUACACAGUUUGUAUUUGUAUUUGUGUGUGUAUAUCAUUACUAUACAUGAAAAGAAUUCCUAGUGCUCAUUUUUAAUAUUUCACAUUUAAACUUUAUCUUAUUCCACUUAACUGUUUUCAGUGUAGACCAAAUCUAUUCAGCUACAGUCUUCUCCACAGAGUAGGGUUCCCCUUAACUGACUAAGGCAAGUGGGCAAGAAUAAACAUUUUAGGUGGUGUCUAUUAGGACACGAAUGUGGGUGCUGACCUGUCCUAACCACUGGGGGGCUGAAACACAAAUAAUAAUCCAACACCAAUAACGAUCCUCAAGCUGGUAAAGCAUAAGGACUGCAGCUCUCGGUGACUGCAUUGCUAAAAGCCCAUUUAAUUCUAAGCAUAUGUCAAAUGGGCUUGCAUUAAAACUCUGCAAAUGUAUCGUCCUUCAUUGUUCACCUCCAUCUUAAAAUAUGACUGAUUACACUCCUCACAUUACCUCCUGGCUCGAUAUAUAAAUUCUUCAUAGUCGGUCUCUACCUGGAAAAACUGACAUUGUUUGUUGAUUGAUUGAUUGAUUGAUUGAAUGGUGAAAUUGCAUUCUUUGUGUACAUCUCGAGCAUACAAUAAACAGGAAUCAUUUUGUAAGGUU